UGCCACCUGUUAAACUUGUCAAAUUCGCCAGAAAAAGUUCGAUCUAGACAUUGAUUAGGGGGCAGUCGUUUGUUUUAUUGAAUUAUUUCUUCUUCUUGUCGGAGGCGAAGGGGUAAACUUGAUUAAAUUAAGAGUGAAAAGCUAAUUGGAAGCGUGUAGGGCGCCUGGUUUCAUUUUAAUUUUUUUAAGGGGGUUGGGUUUAUAAAGUAACAUGCGUUGGGCAAGUGUGUAGUACGAGCUUUUCGAGAGAAUAAAACUCAAAGCGUUAAACAGAUGCAGACCCCCAACAACAUUGCAAACUCGUGUCUUCGCGGAAAAAUUAUUCACGCAUGCGCACUGCUAUACUUGGUAUGCGCAGUCCGUUGUGCGCAGGUCGUUGGGUGACAGCUGUCCAAACAUGGAGGCUUGCCGAGAGUAUAGACUGCCUGUUUCCAAGCGAAUGACGAUGGAAAACAUGGGCGAGCUCCCGGCUGAUCAACAAAUCAACGGUGAUUCGUCUAACGGAACUACCACUCAGAGCCAACCCUCGCCACAAGAACCGGAUUACGUGAACACCCAAGACGAGCUCGAAACGAGCAUCACUCGCUCUGAGGCCAUACCGGUCAGUGUGAGCAGUAUGAUCGACUCGAGUGAGUUCCGCUCCCAAAUGGGAGAAGUGACCUAUCAUACACUGAACGGAAGGAUGAGCCCUAGUUACAGCCCAACAAACAACUACGCCACUCUGACUCCACUACAGCCACUUCCACCCAUAUCAACAGUUUCUGACAAAUUCAACCAUGUCACCGGUGCCAAUGUCAGUGGCAGUUUUGCACUUAUGUCGCAGAACAAUGGAAUUGGCAACAUCAUGGAUAUGUCUGCCUAUGGACACAGGUACCAUGAUAAGCUCGGAAUGGGGGUGAGUAUGAACAUGGGCCCCACCCUUGGGGCCACUGCUAUGACUAUGAUGUCAAGUAACAACCUCAGCUACCAACAGAGCCUCGGCUCCUAUGGUUACGCUCAGAAUGGACUGGCAUCCCCUAAGUCUGAGCCCAAAAUGGCUUCACCGAACAGCUAUGUUGACUCUUACGCUGCAUCACCGAUGCGAGUAGACCUCAACACAGGUCGCUUACACUCGCCAAACUCUAUGAUGGUUUCCAUGAACGGAAUUCACAGUGCCCCAACCCCGUCACCUCACAGCGAAAGUCCACAGCGCGACCGGCCAGGGACAUCAUUGGACUUACAAAAGCCGCAGCAACAGGAAAUCGAGGAGAUUAACACAAAGGAACUAGCCCAGAGAAUCAGUAGCGAACUGAAACGCUACAGCAUCCCUCAGGCUGUUUUCGCUCAGAGAGUUCUAUGUAGAAGCCAGGGCACCCUCAGUGACCUUUUACGAAAUCCCAAACCGUGGAGCAAACUUAAAUCAGGACGGGAAACGUUUCGUCGUAUGUGGAAGUGGUUGCAAGAGCCAGAGUUCCAAAGGAUGUCCGCUCUUCGCCUUGCAGGGGCAAUUACCGGAGUAACAAGGGCCAACAACGUCUACACCUCCUCGCCUAUUGCUGGUUCGGCUUUCAAACCCUCCCAGUCACCUACAAAACCCGGAUUUGUUGGCCAGCAGAGCUAUAUACCAGAAGCUUGCAAGCGAAAGGAGCUAGAUGUAGAUAAAUCACCGGAAGAAAACAGACCUCCGAAGAAACCUCGUUUGGUGUUCACAGAUAUUCAGAGACGUACGCUACACGCUAUAUUUAAAGAGACCAAACGGCCGAGCAAAGAGAUGCAACAAACAAUAGCCCAGCAGCUUGGCCUGGAGGUCACCACUGUGGCCAACUUCUUCAUGAACGCUCGCAGAAGGUCACUGGAUAAAUGGCAGGACGACAAUGGCAACAACAACCGUGAAAGUGUUUCAGUUUGUGGUAAGAGCUAACCACAACACCUGCGGCCAUUUUCUCCUGUGAAAUGGUGAGGUGUCUUUUUGUCUACUCAUGUUGUCACCAUGACCCCUCAGUGUGUUAAAUGAAACAAAAUAGAAAGAAGAAAAUAUAAAAAAAUGGAGGGCCCAAGGUCGCUCGACAUUACUGUUUUAACUGUAGUUUACUAACUCAGCCAAACUGAAGCGAUGCACGUCCAGUAUACAUGACUUACAGUAAGAUAUUUGAUAAUACUUUUGACAAUGACUAAUACAAGUGUUGAUGUUAUAUUUUGAAAAAAAAUAUAAUCGAAUUGGUUUUUAUGCUCUCUCUAUUUAGACGUUUUCUAUAUAUGUAACACAUACUUACAUGCAGAGCUUUGCACUGGUUCACUUUGCAAAGAAGACAUGAAUAGAUAUCAUCCUUGUUAAGCCAGAAACUGACUCUUGCUUUCCUUCAAGGAAGGAUAAUCGGCUAUCAGGCUCGUGGACUAAAAAAUACAGAGCCCUAGCCGCUUCUUUUGUGUGACAGCAACCUUUUUUUCCAGUGGAUAAUUCAAUUCAUACCAUAUCUCAAGGAUGGACUCCUCUUGAAGGAAAAGUCGUUAAUUGUGCGGGUGACUUCUGAGGGGCCUCUGUGACAUCUACCAAGCCCCCAUGAAACACUGGACAGGUGAUGAUAAUUUCACUAUUAGCACUGUAUAAUAAACUAGCCUGUCAGUCCUGUUGUCCAUUUUUCAUUAUUGCAAUACAUUUCACUGUCACUUUUAAGAGAAAGGGUGGUAUCUUUUGCUUCAUUUAUUGACUGUGUAUAUUUUUCACAGGGGGAGAACAUUUUGUUGUAUAAACAUAUCAACCUUGGUCUUUAUUUUUUUCGUGUACAAUACUGUUUCAUUCAAUGUAUUUAAAAAUGUUAGAUUUAACUAAAAUAUGAUACAAAACAAAAUUUUUUUUUAUCAACUUCAUUGGCAGAUUUUUUUUAAAACUUUGACCUACUUUCUUUAGCCAGAUCUUUCUACAUGUUUACACACAUACACAAUAGAGGGUUCUUUUUUUUUUGGUUCAUUUGUUGUCGUUUUCUGAUUUAAUUUUUUUUCCUGUAGUACCACAGUAUGUCAUUUUGUUUUAAUCAAUACCUUGACCACAGCAGUGAUAGAUCUGUAAAUAUUUUUAUUUAUACAAUUAUAUAACAAACUUAUUUUUAUUGAUUAUAUAACUGUUUGUGUUGAAUGUUUUAUAGGCAAGUGCACAUUAGAGACCCUUACCAUAAAAAAAAAAUAAUGGAGUAUUCUGAACAUUUGGCACAGAUGUGUUAACUACUUGUUUUCAUUGUUUAAUUUUUAAACAAAAGUAUUUUAUUUACUUGUUUUAAUGUUUUUAUUUUUAUUGGACAUUCCACUCAAUUUCAAAACUCAAGUAUUCCUUAAUAUUUACACUUUAUUUGUCAGCUGAACAGUGAUCAGGUUCUAGUUUCAACAAAUAGAAUAUCCCAGAAUUCCAAUUUCUUUUUAAUAAACAUUCCAAAGAAGAUUUAAUAUAGCUGAUGAAAUCCAACAACUUUUUUUUUUAUAUUAUUGUUUGUUUCAUUAUAUAUAUAUAAUUUUUUUUUUUUGCUUCGAUAUUUAUUUAUUUAUUUUUAAUUUUGAUUUUGUAGUUUAGUUUGCUAUCAUAAUCCACUUUCUAUUCAUUGAGGUUCAAAGAGAUCUUUCAUGACCUAAUUAAUGGUGUAAGGCUUACUUCAUGUCAGGUCUUUAGCAAGCUCUAUUUUAGAUGUUUGAAUCUCCAUUUUAAAUUUUGAAAACUCCAUGUUUGCCACAUUUUCAUGUCAAAUGUCGAUAAUAUAGGAAUUCCUUCCUUUUCAGCUGGAAAGAAGAUAUUUAUUAUAUUAAUUUGUGGUGCCAUCUUUUUUUUGUGUGUUUUGUGUGACAUAUCCAGUUUUAUUUAGUGUUAAAUUAUUUAUUUAUAUUCAUGGUGUUGCUGUCCACGUUGUAGGUUCGUAUUUCACUGGUGUUGCGUAAAUCCAUGACCUAGUUAAAUUGCCAAUCCUACAAAGUAUAGAUUGUAAGAGGCUUUGUUGGAAAAAGUUGAAAGGAAAAUAUUUUUUUUUUUAAUCAGUGGUUCAAAUAUUACUUGAAAGAUGACAAAAAAUGUCUGGCAUGGCACUGGUGUUGUUUUAACCUGGUGGUUUUGAGGCAGCUUCCAAGGCUCAAGAGAUAAAUGUGCAAUAUUUUCACUUAUGUUUUUAUCACUGUGUCUCUUUCUGUUCAGUUCAAGAUGGCUUCUAAAUUCAGUUCAUUUUGAUAGUGAUGACCAAUAAUACUAGACUACAGAAACUUUUUAAAAAAUACUAAAUGUAAAAUGAUUAUUCCUAGAUAUUCAUAGUUCAUAUCCAUUUGUCUUCAUUAAAAUGGAAGGCCUAAAACUUCAGAUUUUCUUAAAAUUUUAAGAUUUAAAAUUUAUUUCAAUAUCAUUUAUCUUUUUUAACUUUUGAAAUGCUAUAAUAUAUAAUUAUUUUUAUUUAAUGGAAUUUUUAAAUAUAAAUAUUAACCACUUUUUUUUAGAAUGGUUUAGAUUGCAAUUACUUAUAAAAUUUGACAUUUUUUAAGGGAUGUAGAAAAAGAGUAAUUAAUACAGAAACAAAAAUCAUAUUAAAUUUCAAUUAAAUUUUUAUGAAAUGGCUGAUUCCACUUUAUAAUUUUAUCAAGUUUAUAUUUUACAUACAAAUAUUUAAAUUUAAUAAGGUUAUUUUUGUAGCUGGCAGCCAGGUUUAAUUCAUUAAUUUUUUUACUGAAAGUUAGUAUUAAAAAAAUAUAUAUUAUUUGUAGUGUUAUACCUUAUGUUCAAUGCAAACAAAAUAAUGAUAUAUAUAUAUAUAUAUAUAUAUAUAUAUAUAUAUAUAUAUAUAUAUAUAUAUAUAUAUAUAUAUAUAUAUAUAUAUAUAUAUUAUUAUAUUCUAUUUGAUUACACAAAAGUAUAACUUACAAAAGAAGUAGUAUUAUUAAAUCAGUAAUAGUGAUAAUAAUUUGCUUUUGACAAUGGUAUUUAAUAUAUUUUAGUAUUUAUUCAGCAUGCAGUCAUUUUUAGUUUCUUUUUAAGUUUACAACAUUAAUUCGUCCAUUGGCUAGCAAUUUUUUUAGAACCAGUAUUUAUUCUUAUUUUGAAACUAACAAUACCUAAAUAUAUGGUAUCACACAAGUUUUACCAAGUACUAAACCAUUUGAAAGUCUAGUCGGCGGAGUAAUCCAGCUAAUACAUCCAUCCAUAAGCUCAUUAUAAUUUUUGAACAUUCUGUCCAAUUCUACUUGUGAUUUUUGUUUUUUUAAUUUAUUUUUUUUUCUCCGUUCUAUUUAUUUAUUGUUCAACUAUUGUUUGCAAUGUCAUUUUAUUUAGCAAUUAUUGGAUUGUGUGUGUCAUAAUCUUGUUUACUCAUUUAUUUUGGCCCUCCUAAAGUUUGGUUCUUUUUUUUUUUUUUUGAGGUGGUUGUCCAGUUUUAGCAGUUUAUUUGAUUUGCUGAUGCUGUAUUCAGGAUAUAUAAUUUAUUGUCAAUAACUUUGUGAUCUGUUUAUUUAUUCAUUGGUUAAAUUUUACAGUAUAACAUUAGACCCCCUCAAUGUAACUGCUUUUUUUUUUUUUGAAUAUCACUUUCUAUUGAAAUAUAUUUUACAAGAGAUCUGAUUUUUAAAUGUUUGUUGUUGCCAGUUUGUGUAUCACAUUUAGUUCCAUGGAUAUCACAGUUGAUCUUGAUAUGUGUAAUGCUUAUAGUUUACUUCAAAAAAUCAAGAGUGUUUUCUUACAUUUUUUCAUUCAAUAUUUUCACAGAAUCAGAGAUUUAAAAAAGAAAAAAACUACAAAGACUAGAUUGAUAAGCUUGUUUUAUUUGAUCUGAGUGACAAAACUCUUAACACUAGUACAUUGUUUGGUCCUAUGGUUAGUACAUUUUAUAGCAUAAACUCUAAAUUUGUAUAAUUCUAAUAUUACUAUAUUUUUUUACAAACAUCUUUAGCCAUGAUAAAUAUUUUCAAGUAAUCUCAAUUAAUAUUAGAAAAGUGUGUUUGUAUGAAACAUCAAAUACAAAAUGUAUCAUUUGAGUAAAUUGGAAAGUUACACUUCUGGAUGUAAUAAGAAUUAUUUCCUUUUAUUUUUAAAAUAAUAUUUUUUCUUGAAUGUUGAAAAUUAUCCUUUAAAGGCAAAUUUAGAAUAAUGUGGAUUUAAAGGGAAAUAAUUAAAUCUUUUAAGACAAAAGUGAAAGAAAAUGGUGUAGCCAAUCAAUGAGAGAUUUUCAAGACAAAUGAAAGAAUGAUGUUUAAGUUGAGAGAGGGAUAAAAAGGGAUGGGCGGGGGGGGGGGAUAUCUGAUGGAGAAGCCAACAGUCCAGUUCUCACUCAACAGUGUGUGUUUGCCUUUGUGUGAAGUUUCACACAUGUUCCAAAGAAUGUUGAGCUCUCACACAUUAUUUCCCUUUAUUCUCCUACUGUUCUUCUCUCCCCUUCUUAACACCAUACAAAGAAAAUAGGGACAUUAUUUUUUUUUUUUUUUAUUUGUUUAUUUGUAAUGAGAGUUAAAGUAGCUGAAACAUUAUUAAAGCGACUAGGAUGAAUGUUUAGUUUUUUACUCUAGGGAUAAGAUAGCAAUGUUCAGCUAUAUGAGAGAGAUUUCUGAAGGGAAAAACAAAUUUCCAUUAAAAUUAGUUUGGUUAACUACCAAAAUUGUUGCUGAAAAAAAAUAACAAGCAUCAUUGUUAGUUUAUAUCAGAUGCAAACUACAUUAUUAGACAAGAAGUUUUACAGGUACUAACAUUCAUCUGUUCAAAUUUAUUUGUUUUUCAACAAAAAGACAAAUGUUUAUAAGCUUACACACACAAGAUUAAUUUUUUUGUGAUAAGAUUUAAAAAAAAAAAAAACUUGUUCAUUUUUUAUGGUCUGUUUUAAUUUUUAGAUAAUUUUACUCACUGUGAAUCUCAGACCGUACUCUUAUACAAGGCCUCCAUUUAAUGCUUAUUUUAUUCAUUUUUUGAAUCAUUAAUGUUUUUUUUUUAAUUAAUUUAUUUAAAUUACUUUAACUAAAAAAAAAAAAGAAACAAUAAGAGAGUCUCAUCAGUUUGACAGCACUCGAAAUAUAUCUAAUGAAAUUAUUUUCUCUGACACUUUUACCCAAUCUAGGAUACUGUUCUGCUCCUGAAUUCUUUGAUACACCACAUUUGCAUAUAAAUAUAUUCACAACGCUUUUGUUUUAUAUGUUUCUAUUGGGGUCAUUUGUACAUAGAUAUUUCUAAAUAUUGCCUAUAUUUAAAUAUGUCAUCCUAUGAUUGCCUCUUGUUUUGCCCACGAUGACAAUGUUCUAGAGAUCAAUGUUUUAGUUAGUGCGUCAAUGUUUAUACAGAUUUUUAUCACUUGUAUAUUUCACUGUCAUCCUCACUGUGCAUUGUCUCACUCCUCUCUCUCUCUCUCUCUUGCUCCCUCUCUUUCUCCUCUCCAUCAUAUUGCAUUGCAAAAAAAAAAGAAAAAUCAGGUCAAACUAGCCUAUCAUCUUUCAUAUUUUGAAUGCCAUUGUUUUUUUAUUUCAUAAUUUUUUUUUUUUCAUCACAUCAUACGUUGUUGACUUUUAAUGUUUUAGACUGAACUACGCGCUAUGUACUCUAACAAUUAUAAGGCCUGUUAUAUGUUUGUAUUGUCCAUUCUGACAAUGUUGGUACUUCUUGUGGUGAAUAAUAUUUCUCUUCUGUUGCUUACUCUAAAUAGAACGGCAUCCUCUUACUUUAAAAAAGUGGAUUUAAAUUGCUCACAAAUAAAUAGAAUAAACUCUGAGGUUCAGAGAAAAGAGAGUUAAUGAUUUCAACAUGUUUUUAUAUUUUUUUCGGUGGGGGAAUGAGUUUCAAGCUACAAAACAUUGCGGUUUGUUUUUACUAGUGUUUCUUUUUCUGUAAUUCUAUUUUUAGCUUAGCUCAAUAUACACAAUAAGUAUUAAUUUUUAUCACUGUCAAUUAAUGUAACAUAUGAAAUGACUAAGCCCAAAAAUUUUAUGAAUGAAAUAAAUUUAAUUUCAUUUUCUUUCAAGACAAUUUUUCUCCUUAUUUUUAACUCUUUUAGUUAUUUAACUUGUAGCAAAAGGUCUUUCACCCAUAAUUUUAUUAAGAAAUUAAUUUUAGUAAAACUUAUAAUGUUACACCUAAAUCUAAAUUGUAUUAGUUUUCGUACUAUCUAUCAGUAGUCCAAUGAAAUUGUAGGGGAGGGUUCAAAUCUUUUCAAAAUGUGAAUUUUAAAAUUGGUUUAUUUCUGUUGUUAAGAGUGAACAGGGUAUAGGGUUAUCUACCACAGCUCCACUCAUAUGCAUGUAUGUACAAUCUAGCAUAUCAUUACAUUAUGAACUAUAUGUAUGUGUUUAUAUGUACUAUCAUUAAACAAAUGCUCUUAUUCAUGGUAAACAUAAAUGAUUCUGUCAUUGUACAUAGUCUUGCCUAACUCUUUAGUAGUGUUGCAGCUGGAACAGUUACAAUAUGUAUAGACUUGCGUUUUCUACUCUUUUUUUUUUUUUAAACUCUUGCGAAACUGUGUGAUGAACUCAUGAAUUAGACACGUUCCAUUUUGUUGACUAGUCAGAUUUCUUGCACACAUCUCUAGCUGUUUCUUCUUUUUUUUUUCCUGACACCAAUAUCCUCUUUAUUUUUCAUGUGUGACCUGUUUUCUUUUUGUUUCAACUUGAUAAUAUUUUUUCCGUCAAUGUUUAAUGUUUGGUUCCAUUUGAUAUGUUUUAUUUUUCUUUGUUUCCUUUUGGUUUCACUCUCAUAAUAUUUGACGAUAACAGACAACUAGUGCAAUAUAAGUUAAAUCAUAAUGUAUAUUUUUUUGGUUCUGUUUGUUUGACAAAUUAAGCUUUGAUGCAUAGCAAGAUAAAUAUUCUUAGUAGAAACAAAGAAGAGAGCUGCAUCAAUAGUGUGAGUUCAUUUCUGAGUCUGUGUGAGUGACCAAUGCUAAUUUUGUUAUGUUUUUUUUCUCUCUCAAAAUACAAAAUCUUAUACAUAAAAAAAUGUCUCAAUUAUUUGUUUAAAAAAAAAAAGGAAAGAUCUUUCUUCAUUUAUAUUUUUUGUUCUGCAUUUUUCAGAUACAUUUUUUUUUAAAUUAUAAAAGCAAACAAAUACACUUAGUGUAAAGAAUAUUUAGGAGAUUUGAACAUGUAUAUUGUGAUAAAUAGAUAGUUUCUUAUUUGGAAACAGAGCUUGAGUCUUAUUUGGUAGCUCACUGAGAAAGUUGGUGUGACUUAGUUUUGAAACUUAUAUAGGCUAGGGCAAAUCUAAACAAAAUUACUUUUUCUUAUAGAUUAGAGCAAAUAUAACAAAUUCAGAUCUCAUCACCACCUACAAAAAAAGUGUCUCAUUAAUUUGAGAUUUUUUUUACCAAUUGUUCAAAAAGAAAUGUUUAGCAUAAUUUUAAAACACAACUGACCUUUUUUUUUUCCAGAUGUUUUCAUCACUGCCUUGCAUAAUUGUGUGUGUGUAAUAUAUAUACAUAUAUAUAUAUAAAUAUCUAUAAAUAUUUAUGUUAGUGAGUUUUAACAAUUGUGUGUUAUGUUAAAGCAGCAGUCUGAUCUAACUAUUGCUCCAUGUUUUUUUGUUUUUUUAUUUAGACAUUUUAAAUUCAUGUACUUUAAACAAAAAAAAACAUUUAUUGAUAUUAAGUUUGAUCAAUUAGUUCACCACUUACCUGGCCAACUUUUGUUAAGAAAUCCAUUUCUGGCCAAUGGACAAUGAGUUUUCUCAAAGUGUCCAAUAAUUUUGCAGUUUGUUUGCCAUAUUGGAGUGUUUUGAUGUCGUAGUUGAUUUCUUUUUUUUUUUUCCUUUUUUUAAAGUUAAUUUUAUAUAAAAUUCAUCAUUUCUGUUGUCAUAAGGACUGUCCAUUUAUGGGGGCCCUCACAGAUAUGCAACUAUUAGAACUAUGUCUCUCUGUCCGUCUGUCUGUACGACAUCUCAACAUAAAUAAAAAUUGAUAAUAAACUAGGCACCAAGCUUA